AAGGAGGGGGACAGUAAAUUAGCCCUUAAAAGGAUAAAUGUAAGAAUGACAUGAAGAAAAUUCCUACGCGUAGAAGUUGAACAAUAUAUUGUAACCUAAAAGCAAAACUCUUUUAUUACUGUUGAGAAAUUUAUUACUCGUAGUGGUUAGUACUCCUGGACACUCAUUUAAAUGGGUGGCAAGGAGAACGUGAAAGUCGUGUGCCGGGUUCGCCCGCUGAAUGACAAAGAAAAGAAAAAGGGUGAAAAAGCGACAGUCAAAUGUGUCAAUCAGCAACAGAUACAAAUAGAAGGAAAGCCAAAAAAGUACAAUUUCGAUGCAGUUUGUGGACCUGAAUCGACCCAGGAAGAAGUUUAUGAUGCGGGAGCGAAGAAAGUGGUGGACGACAUUCUGAAAGGAUUUAAUGGGACUAUAUUCGCAUACGGACAGACAUCAUCAGGAAAGACAUUCACUAUGGAAGGUGAGCUGAAGGACAAAGAGAUGAAAGGCAUCAUCCCUCGAAUCAUAGAAGACAUCUACGAGCACAGUAAAGAGGAGAAGAAAGUGAGUUUGAAUGUGAAGGUGGCAUACUUCGAGAUAUACAAUGAAGUGAUCAGGGAUCUGCUGGAUAAAUCCAAGACCAAUCUGCCCAUUCACGAAGACAAGUUCAGGUCACCAUAUGUUAAGAAUCUGACGGAGGAGAACUGCAACAGUUCGAAAGAGAUCAAUGUGCUGAUUAAUAAGGGGAAAAAGAACAGACACACAGCAGGCACUAACAUGAAUGAGAGGAGCAGCAGAUCCCACUCCGUCUUCCAAAUGGUAGUCGUUCAGGAUGACAAGGAGAACCACAAGAAGACCACUGGUCGACUGUACCUUGUGGAUCUGGCAGGCAGUGAGAAAGUGAGCAAAUCGGGGGCCGAAGGAGAGAGACUAACGGAGGCGAAGAACAUCAACAAGUCUCUGUCCUGUCUGGGCAAUGUGAUCUCGGCACUGACUGAGAACAACAGAGCACACGUGCCCUACAGAGACAGUAAAUUGACUAGGAUUCUUCAGCAAAGUCUGGGUGGAAAUGCGAGGACAACUGUGAUUAUCUGUGUGUCGCCUGCUCAGUACAACGAGGGAGAGACAAUCUCCACCCUCCAAUUCGGAGUGAGAGCCAAGACCAUCAAGAACGUCGUAAAGGCCAACGUCGAGGUUUCGGCAGCCGAGUGGAGAAAUCGGUUUGUGAAAGUGAACAAACACAUGGACAAGGUGAAGGAGUUGGUGCUGAAGCUGUGCAAAGAGACGAAGCAGUGGAGAGAUAAGAAGGAGCCCAAGAAGAAAGAACAGAUUGACAUUGACCAGUUGAUCAAGCUGGUUGAGAAGGGCAUGGAUUUCGACACAAAGGGUGGGGGGAAGAAGGGAAAGGACGGAGAUGAUGAUGAUGAUGAUGGCGAUGAAGAUAAUGAUGCAGACGGGGACGAGGGAGACCCGAAUGAGCUCAGAGACAAGGAGCGUCUCAAGGACAGACUGUCGAGGAAAGUGACCUCGAUUGCCACCUCGAAGGCCAAGGGUUCGAAGGCCAAGAAGAAGAAGUCAUCAAGUGAGAUUGAAUUGAACUGUAUUUGA